UUGGCAGGGUCCUCAAAUCACUCACUCACUGAUUUUAAGUUAAUUUAAUAAAAAAGCUUUAUUUCUCUGCUGUAGUACAAUAGUUGCGGUCGGCGAAGGUGCCGCGUUGUGUUACACUGAGAGUAGAUUAGAUACGGCGCGUGACUCGAAGAUAGCGCUCGAGGCUUUGCCGCGGCUAAGUCCCGAACUCUUUUGUCUUACACUCGUACGGGCCGUACGUAUCGGCUUGACUAUCUGUCACUGAUCCCGCGGGCCGCUGUUCGGCAGCAGCUUAAAUAAUGUCGCGGAUUUGAUUAUUAGUGGGGGCAUCGGGCCCUCCGCAUGACCAUAUAUGGUCAUUACCGCGCGCAUCCGGCGCGCGGGAAAUAUUCGCGAGCUUAGCAACAAUUGCCAAAAUGCAUUUCCGGUGGCAUGAUUGUUGCUAAGCUGGCUUCGCUACAUUCCUUAAGGUGGCUGGUGCCUUGACCAGUGCGAUGCCGGCAGCGCACGAGGCAUAUGUCACCUGACACCUUGUGAUAGCGAGCCUUCCUCGGCGAGCUAUAUGAUAAUUUUAAUAUUCUAGUUUCUUUCUUUUAUAAUAUAAUUUUAUUGGUUGCGAGUGUUUCGCUCACAACACGAUGCGAUGCGAUAAUACACUGCUAGCGGGAAUAUGCGGCGGUAGCCCGUCAGGCUUGGGGGUCGAUCGCUCACUCUAAAUAUUAAUCACUGAAGUACUUUUUUUGACGGACUCACACAAAACACUAAGCUCGAUUCCGGCACGUGAAUGCGUUCUACCGAUCACGCGUGGCUUUACACGGAGAAUCGACGACCUUACUGAUGUGGAAGUUUCUCGAUGCCCGCUCUCGGCUCUCGUUUGUCUACGGGCUUCUCACCCUUUGUUUAAAUUUUUCUCGUUUAUUUUGCUCGGACGGCCAGGACUCGCUAUUGCGACUUGGCAUCGGCGGUAGUCGACUCGGAAAAGAUCGAGCAAGGAAUUCGCCCAAUGCUGCUUUCCAUUUAUCUGAAAGUGAGACUGAGUCACUCAGUAAUGUUAGUAUUUUAUACUCAGUUAGUGACGUCAUUACUCAGUUAUUUAAAGCAGUGCUCGGAAUUAGUUGCACAUUUCGAGCCGAUUCCCGAGGCACCGCCUGCUAUACCCCCAUUACCAUUCUAGGCUCGACGGCCGAGCCGCCGAUCGCGCGUAUGACCUCGUGUCCUGCGAUUAAAAAUUUCCUUGCGGGUGGAUCCAGGUAUAGACCGAGAGCUAGCUACAUAAAAAUAGCAUCAAUAAGCAUCGUGGAAUGUCUUCUAUCUAAAAAGAGUCCUUUGGUAUUGCCGAACACUAAAUCGCCAGUCUGCCUGAGCGGUCAGGAAGAUUAAGGGUGGGGGAGGGCGGGCGGCUAAAGAUAACAAAUUUCAUGAUAAAAAAAGAAUAAGAUUCAAGCAUAAAAUCUGCGGGAAUGUUUAGUGUUUAUUGAAACAAGAUGUCAUAAUUUUUGGCAGACCGUUUCCUGGAAGAGAAAGUGUCGGCAGAAAAAUUAGCAGUAAAAAAAAUCAUAAGAUUCAAGGCUAAAAAUUAAUAUAAUAAUUGUUUAUACGUUUAGAAAACAAUGUGCAAAAAGGCAGAUUGAAGAGUAAAAGAUAACAUCGAGACAGAGUGCGAUAAAGAGCGCGAAUCGUAGUUCGGGUGAUCGCAGCGUGCGCUUGCUGCGCUUAGCAAAUAAUAAUAAAAUAAUAGCAGAGAAUAGCAGAGAAUAAUAAAAUUUAAGCCAAAAACUUGCGCUACCUCCUUAAUAAUUUUCAAAUAAGUUCAAUAAACCAAAGCAGAACAAAAUUCAGAUGCUAAUAUAUUCGUAGAAUUAAAUGAACGUAGUGAGUGCUCAUAAUAAUACGCAAUCUCAUGAUUUUGCCAUUCUCUUUACACCGAAGUAUUCAUUUUUUUAAUCAUUUUCUAAACCUAGAUGUGUGAGAUGAACUUGUAACCAUACACCACAGACGCACGCUAAUUGACUUUUAAUUUUUUACUUUUUAAAAAUAAAUUGCAACGAUGAUUGUAUAGAUAAUCAUCGAUAAAAAUUUGACAGUAAAAAUUCAAUG